CAAAUUUUGUUAAUUUUGAAAGUAAAUAAUUAUUGUAACGUGUAAGUGUAAGAGAUGUGUAAUCUAUAAGAAAUUAUUAUUUGGAAAUAUUUAAUAUGGAAGUUAAUAUAAGUAUUUUAUUAUUUUAUGGUUCCGCAACAGGAUUUGUACUUAUAUUAGUGGUAUGUAUUCUUCUAAUAGCUAUAUCCAACCCGUAUCCAGUAAUUAUUAGAACUAAAAAAGAAAAAUAUUUUUUGGAUCCAGUUUCAAAAAAUUUAAUAGAAUUUCCAGUAUUGGACAAAAAAUCUAGUCUACAUUUAAGUGUCAUAGUUCCUGCUUACAAUGAAGAAAUGCGCCUUCCACCAAUGCUGGAUGAAUGCAUCGAGUUCUUAGGGAAUCGAAGUAAAAACUCUGAUUUUAAGUAUGAAAUCAUCGUAGUUAGUGAUGGUAGUACUGACAAUACUGUAAAAGUAGCUCACGAAUAUGCAAAAAAAUUGGGUACUGAAAAAUUGAGAGUGUUGGAAUUAGAGAUGAAUAGAGGCAAGGGAGGUGCGGUACGUCUGGGUAUGCAAAGCGCAAGAGGUUCUUUGGUGUUGUUUGCUGAUGCAGAUGGUGCUACAAAAUUUUGUGACCUAGAAAAAUUAGAAAACAGUUUAAAUAAUUUAAUAUGCUGUGAUUAUCUUAAGGAACCAUCUAUUGCAGAGGAACUGUUGGCAAUAUCUAUAGGAUCAAGAGCGCAUCUAGAGGACGAAUCGGUUGCAACAAGAAGUUUCUUUAGAACUAUACUAAUGUACGGAUUCCAUUUCUUGGUAUGGCUUUUCGCUGUGAGGGGAGUGAAGGACACUCAGUGUGGAUUUAAGCUUCUUACCAGAAAGACUGCUAGAAUUUGUUUUGAUAACAUGCACGUUGAAAGAUGGGCUUUUGAUGUUGAAUUACUGUAUAUAGCACAGUAUCUGAAAAUACCAAUAUCAGAGGUUGCCGUAACAUGGACAGAAAUUGAUGGAUCAAAAGUCACCCCUGUAUGGAGUUGGAUUCAGAUGGGUAUGGACUUGGUGAUUAUAUGGUUACGUUACACUAUUGGUGCUUGGAAGAUUAAACCAUUGAAGUGAAAACCGUAAUAUACAUAUAUUUGCAGAGUUUAUAAUAAAACAGUAAAAGCAGUAAAAAAACAGAUUAAAUAUUUAUUCCCAUUUCUAAAUUGCAUUGAAUGCAAUCAAAUUUUGUAACAAUAAUUAAAUAAAUUAGUAAACUCCACUGAAUUUAGAGACAUUAAGGGGUUAUCACUGGAAAAUUUU